AGCAUCUCCGAUCGUGUUGAGCAACGCAAGAUCGGGAUGAGAAAAGCCUCCAACGAUGCUGCAAAACCCAACCCAAAAUCCCAAAAUUUUGAGUAUUUGAACAGUGAAAACGCAUAUUUCCGCUUGCACUAUUCACAAACGCAAAAAAAAAACAGACGUGAACGGCGACUCUGGGCAACAAGAGAGGGUCCUCUACCUGCUUCACCACUUCUGCUUGGAUGAUGUGAACAAAAUCAGGUUGGUAACCGAAGGCAUGGUGGGGAAAGUCAUCGCCGCCCUCUGUGGCGGCUGCGAUGACGUUUUGAUGAGCCUGGCGGUUGUGGAAGUGAACAAAGCAACAAUGGGAGCCUACCCUCAUGUGGUGGUCCUAGGCCUGGAUUUGCUUCUCCGUUUGAAAAUUAAGAAUCAGCACAAGUUUGUGGGAUUAAUGUGUAAUUUUGAUAAAACAUAUUGGUAUGAUUGAAAAACUAUUAAAAAUAAAUGAAAGAAAUACUCUUUUGGGUA